AUGAGGGGAGCCGGGCCCUCCCCGCAACAGUCCCCCCGCGCCCUCCGCCCCGACCCGGGCCCCACCAUGUCCUUCUUCCGGCGGAAAGUGAAAGGCAAAGAACAAGAAAAGACCUUAGAUGUUAAGUCAAUUAAAGGUAUAGAGCAAGAUGCAGUGAAUACUUUUACCAAAUAUAUAUCUCCAGAUGCUGCUAAACCAAUACCAAUUACUGAAGCAAUGAGAAAUGAUAUCAUAGCAAAGAUUUGUGGAGAAGAUGGGCAGGUGGAUCCCAAUUGUUUUGUUUUGGCACAAUCCAUUGUCUUUAGUGCAAUGGAACAAGAGCACUUUAGUGAGUUUCUGCGAAGUCACCAUUUCUGUAAAUACCAGAUUGAAGUACUGACCAGUGGGACUGUUUACCUGGCUGACAUUCUCUUCUGUGAGUCAGCCCUCUUUUAUUUCUCUGAGUACAUGGAAAAAGAGGAUGCUGUGAAUAUCCUACAGUUCUGGUUGGCAGCAGAUAAUUUCCAGUCUCAACUUGCUGCCAAAAAGGGCCAGUAUGACGGACAGGAAGCACAGAAUGAUGCCAUGAUUUUAUAUGACAAGUACUUCUCCCUCCAAGCCACACAUCCACUUGGAUUUGAUGAUGUUGUUCGAUUAGAAAUUGAAUCCAAUAUCUGCAGGGAAGGUGGGCCACUCCCCAACUGUUUUACAACUCCAUUACGUCAGGCUUGGACAACCAUGGAAAAGGUCUUUUUACCUGGCUUUUUGUCCAGCAAUCUUUAUUAUAAAUACUUGAAUGAUCUCAUUCAUUCUGUUCGAGGAGAUGAAUUUCUGGGAGGAAAUGUUUCGGUGGCAGCCCAUGGCCCUCCUGAAGACACUCACCCAGGUGGUUCCGACAGUUCGUCUUCUCAGUCCAGUAUGAAGAAAGCCAGUGUUAAAAUUCUGAAAAAUUUUGAUGAAGCGAUAAUUGUGGAUGCUGCAAGUCUGGAUCCAGAGUCUCUGUAUCAGAGAACAUAUGCAGGGAAGAUGAGCUUUGGGAGAGUCAGUGAUUUAGGUCAAUUCAUUCGAGAAUCUGAGCCUGAACCUGAUGUGAAGAAAUCAAAAGGAUCCAUGUUCUCACAAGCUAUGAAGAAAUGGGUGCAAGGCAAUACCGAUGAGGCCCAAGAAGAACUCGCUUGGAAGAUUGCUAAAAUGAUCGUCAGUGAUGUUAUGCAGCAGGCACAACAUGAUCAACCAUCAGAGAAGUCAACAAAGCUAUGACUCAAGACCUGACGUAAAGAAAAUCUACUUUUAAAAAUAAGAGAACUUUUUUCCUUUGGUUGGAAACUUCAGAACAGCCAACAAGCACUGUAAUUCUUUUCACUGAUAUAUCACUGCUCCCAAGAAAGAAUGGCAGACAAUCCUAGACUUCCACCGUAAGCAGAGUGACAUGUAGACAUAAUUGCUGCAUAUGUUCACACAAUGAAAGUCAUGCAGAGACAAAGUGGCAUUGUUUACAUUAUUAGAGAUUUAAUCAUUUUCCAAUGGCAAUAACCCAUUUGUGAGAGUGUUUUAGUCCACUGGAAUAGACAGGGACCACAGACUGGAAGGCAGGUUAACAUAUGGUUGAUAUUUAAUGCACAUUCUGUAGCUAUAACCCACCCCUAACAUUGUAAUUAAACAGAUGCCAGAGGUGCUUUGCUUUGACUCUUAAAACAGCUGAGUCAGCUCCUCUGAGAACCAGGCAGCUAGAUGUGGCUAUGUGGUGCUAGCUGGUGUUUUGUUUUGUUUUGUUUGGGUCAAGAAAAGGCUACUUGCAGUUCACCUUAACAGACAUUAAUAUGGAAGAUAGCUAACAGAUCACAGAUCAGUAUCAUGAUAUUGUCCUUCCCUUUGGCAACAGUAUAGUUUUCAUACUUAAACUUC